CGGAUAGUACUUCACCGAGGAACGUUCCUGCUACGAUUCUCUCGUAUCCUCGUAUUUUUGUUCGUGUCGAAAGUAAACACGAGAUGGGAUUAUCCUCGUGCGAUUACGCGAUUAAUAAUCAUCGAACUAAAGCAAACUGAAGCGAUACGGACACCCGUUACAGGUAAUCGUCGGAUAAGAUUUUUUUUUUCUCAUUACGUAACGGCGAUGAACUCGAGGGAGAAAGUUUUGGAAAUUGUUUUUUCGAAUCGUACCGAGACAUCGUUGGAGACCAUCGAUGUCGGCCAAGAACGAAAACAGAACGAUUAUGUAUCGGGUUAAAUAUCCGAGCGUACGGGCUCCCCACCGCCACUUUUAUCGCUGGAUGGAUUACGUAUCUGAGAAUGAAAAAACUUUUACCAACGUCUUCUUCCACUACUUUUCAACUACUUUUCAGCGAUGUGAAUCCUCGAGAUAUGGGUAAGUUUUUUUUUUUUUAUCUAGUGUAAACAAAGAAACUAACGCUUGCGACUCGGUCGAAGAGUGAGAAUCGAAAUUAAAAAUAUCCGUAUCCUCUUACCGAAUUAUUAUCAUUACCAUUGAAUACAUCAAAUUUGAUCGUAAAUUUUAAUAUUGAGAGCGAAUUCCAAAGUCACUUUUCACUUUCGAGGAGAAACUCGAAUUCGGUCGAUACGUACGGUUAAAGGCUUCGUGCGAGCAGCGAAUUGGAAGGGGUAAACGGUCGAGGCACGGUCGUAGUUAAUCGCAACGGAAUCGUCGGGUCAAUUAAUGGACAGAAGCCGCUUCUUUACGCGGCCACUACUCGCGAAUGAUUACGCUCGCCAAUGAAGAGAUCAACGGCUUUGAAGCGAGGAAGGCGGAGAGAGAGCGGGGAGAGUUGAAAAGAGGCAACGAGGCACUUCUGUGGCUUACCACCUGUGUCGCGGGCGCAACCCUCCUUUUCCUCCCUCCGCGAUAACCUCGAGUUCGGUUUUAGACGGUGUAUUGUCUCGCCGUAAGUAAGCGCGUGUCCUAUAUAUUUCUUCCACUCGUUCAUCCCCUUCCAUAAAUAUCGAGUAGUAUCUCGACGAGAGUUGGAGCAGUGUCGGUGGUCAAGAUUUAACCACGUAAAACGAGUCGAGAGAGAAGGGAGAAAAAAAAAGAAAUAGAAAAACGUUCAUAUAUCUUGUUCAAAGACGGUUAAGAGAAAUAUAUUUUACUUAUGGAGAUAAGAUUAUAUAUAUAAGUUGCGUCGGUAAAUAAAAUUUUUCGUUGCUUUUUUUUUCUUUUUUUUUUUUUUUUCGUACAAACUACUCGUACGAGUAUUCCUUUGGAUUGGUCACGCGUUAUCGAUUAAUGCGAUAACGAACGAAACUGUCCGCACACGGACAGCUUUGCGAACGAUAAUUGUAUCCUUGACUGAGAAAAUCAACGUAAGUUAAAUAAUUACAGUGACGGUACGAUACGAAACGUUAUAUCAACAAUGUUAACGUUAGUUGAAGUUCUGGACUGAAUUGUGACGCGAUUGAAAGAUCGCGCGCUUCUAUUUUUCUUUUUCUCUCUCUCUUCAAUGCGAAAAAUUGCGAUAAUUUCGAACGAACGCAUCAUUGGUCGAUUUAUUCGUGAAUCGAGCGAGAGAACGGAAUCGAAGCGAUUGUCGGUAAUUAUAACUUUCCCGUUGUAAACCGAGCACGCAUCGACGAUUAAUUUAAGACGAAACUGGCAUUCGCGCAUGGCUGGAACACGACGCUCGUAUUUCGUGAGUCCAGCGGUUAAAGUUCGGUCGGACGGAAGUUAAAGUUCUGGCAGCCGCGCCACUCGUACCCGUAGUACUUACACACCAACGCUUCUCUACCAGCGCGAGCAACGUAUUCACACACGUAGACGAAGCGUAAGGGAUUCGUGAACGCUCGUUAAGAGGGAGAAAAUUCUUGGAGAGUGUUUGGAAGAAGCGAGGCGGGCGCGGAGUGGCGAGGGUCGGAAGAUACGAGCAAAGGAGAGAAAUAUCCCUAAGUGGAGGGGAGGCGGCCAAUAGUCAGAUUAUAUGCAGCCUGUUGAUUCAUUGGACGCAGCAGUAACAGCGAUUUCGUGGUGUGAAGGAGAGAGAAGAAGGGAAAGGAGAGAGAGGAAGGGAAAGAAGAGCGACCGGCGCCACAUCCGAUCGACGAAUACACCGCCAUUCUCUGUCAUCUGACUUUCCACGUGCACGAGCUUCGUUCACCAUGAGGCCUUGGACUAACAAGUCCCUCGGCCUUGGUUUUCUCGGCUUACUUCUCAUCGUGUCGGGCGCUGUUCUCUAUUUCACUUCGUCCGCCAUUUUUCAUUAUAUUCUUCAAAAGGAAAUACCGUUAACGACAACAUCGAAAGCGUUCGAAGUGUGGAACGACACGAGCGGCUUGCCACCCAUGUAUUUUAAGAUUCGUUUCUUCAAUUGGACCAAUCCAGAGGAGUUGAAGACGCCUGGGAAGAAGCCCAACUUCGUCGAGCUCGGUCCUUACGUGUUUCGGGAGAUCAGGCAAAAAGCAGACGUGGUAUUCCACCCUGAGAAUCACACGGUCAGCUACUUCAACCGUCGAUGGUGGUUCUUCGAGCCGGAGCUUACGAACGGUUCCCUGAACGAUCGCGUCACGCAACUGAAUACCGUGGCGAUCUCGGCGAAACACAAGGUACGAUACUGGGCCGAUGCGCUGCAAAGUACCCUUUCGUUGAUGCUCGCGACAUCGAACGUGCACAUCACGAAGACGGUAGACGAGCUGUUGUUCCGCGGUUACGAGGACUCGUUGAUCGAGAUUGGAAGAAUGGCGGCCAUAGCGGACGACAUACCACCCUUCGACAAAUUCGGAUGGUUUUACAUGAGGAACGGCUCGACAACGUUCGAUGGCCACUUCAACAUGGACACGGGCACCGACGACGUCGCCAACUUCGGCCAAGUGAAGAAAUGGAAUUAUCGAGACACGAGCAAAUUGUUCAAUAGCCCGUGCAACGUGGUCGAGGGAAGCGCGGGAGAGUUUUGGCCGCCGUACAGAGAGAAGGACGAGAUCGUUUUGUUCAGCGGCGAUCUGUGCAGACCGUUGACGUACGAGUACGCGCAGACGAGUUAUCACAUGGGAUUGGAGGGAUAUCGUUACGUGCUGGGCGAGAAGACGUUGGGGAACAACACGAAACGACGCUAUCCCCACGAACAGGCCAAGUAUUUCGAGCAGACCACCACCACCGAGGACUUUUUCGAUGCCGAACACUCGACCGAGACCACCGAUCCUCCGGAACAGGAUCCGGACGUGGUAAACAUAGGCAAUUGCUUCUGCAACGGGAGAUGCAGUCCUGCUGGUUUGAUGAACGUCAGCUCGUGCCGACACGGAGCUCCUGUAUUCGCCAGCCUGCCCUAUUUCAACAGAGGCGAGCCGAGCCUCAGGGAACGGAUAACCGGACUCGUCGAGCCCAACGAGGAAUACGAUUCGUACAUAAUUCUCGAACCGACAACGGGCAUUCCUCUCAAGGUUUCCGCCAAGUUUCAGAUCAAUAUACUGCUAGAACCGUCAAAGACAGUGACACUUUACAAAUCUGUGCCCACCAUUUACUUUCCGGUGAUGUGGUUCUCGUUGGAGGUCGAAGCGACCGAGAAGUUCGUUAACGAUUUGAAGAAAUUUUUGUCCUUGCCCAGCGUAUGUAUAUACGCUGGUGUAAUUAUGAUCCUCGUUGGAUCGCUCAUAAUUCUAACAAUGGUUGUAUUAUACCUGUUAAACAGGCAACGCGCCACUUCGAUAGCUAUCGACAAGAGCGUGAAGCAAGAGAUGGCAUCGACGAAGAAAUCGGAACUGGUUUACUUGGACAAGAAUAACACGGGCGACGACGUACACGUGAGAAACGAUCGGAAAUUGUAUCCUAACUCGAUCGAGUGUUUUAACAUGGAUCUACAAUCGAAGCUACAGACUCAAAAAUAGAAAUAAAGAAAACGAAACGUGCGUCGAUCGGAUGUCUAUGCUCGAUAGAUGGCAAUUGACGAUCGAAGGAUUUUCUCUUUGCGAAAAAGCGUUCGUUGUUUGAACGCUAUGUUGGCUAUGCGAAUUAAGCGAAGAUUCUUGUGCGAUGAGUUUUGAUAUAUAUAUAUAUAUAUCAAAAUAUAGGGAAGUAGGAUCGCCAAUUUUAGGUUGACAUUUCAACCGGAUUUUGUAUCAAAUUUAAAAUCGUAGGCAAAAUUAAUUAAUGUCUAUAUAACGAAAAAUAUGGACGUAUAUAAUCGCUAUCGGAUGUAGAAUCUUUCGUGUUUUCAAUCGUUUUGAUGAUAAAACGAAAGUGCAGCAUGAUUAUAUCUCCGCCAAGUAUCCGAAAAGAGUUUGCAUCGAUUCGACGAUAGUACGUAUCUUUAUUAUUGAAUAAAAACGGAAUAUAAUUAUGUAUUUGCGACGAGAGCGCGAACGAUGCUUCGAUAAUUAACAUUUAUUGAUAGAAAUAGAAUUUGAAAUCGGAUACCUUCGGUUCGAGUUUAAUAGCGAGCGUAAUUAUACAUGUAAAUAGAUAGAUAAAUGGGACCAAGGAACUUUUAACUCUGCUCAACCGUAAAACAUCGGUUAUACUCGUUAAGCUACAAUCGAAGAUAACGAGACACGUCAAUUAGGCCAAACUUUAUUUUCAUGGCCGUCGUUCAACGUAUUGGUUGUGUCUACGGUUAGUAUACGAAUGAAUAAUAAUAUUAUCGCCGAUAUCAAUGUUCCUAUCGUUCCGAAUACUACUUUUGUGCCAAACUUAUCGAGAAACCUGUUAAGUUUUUUACUUGUUCGUAAGAUUGCCAUGAAUGCCAACGAUUUAUAUAAAUCAAACGUGAUACAUAUAUUGCGAGAUUUAAAUCGGUAUACGAUAGUUAGAUAUUAUCGUAUAUUAGAUAUAUUCUAACUACAAAAAAAUACGUCUGUCCAUUCUAAAACCGUACGAUUUUGUAUUGUAUUUUAAUAAAAAAAUCCAAAUUUUUAUCAAA